AUGGGGAAAAAUGUUUCAGGGUUGAUUGUGCACAGUCUCGCUGAUCCUCUUGUUGCUCCUCUGGGAUCUUCAGUGGUUUUGCCCUGUUAUGUUGAUGAACACUUACUAAUGGAGGGUCUGGAGGUGGAAUGGAGAAGAACAGACUCAGAGACUCUUGUUCAUCUCUAUAAAAAUGGUGAGAGUCAAGGACAGGCCCAGCAGCAGGAUUAUCAUGAUAGGGCUCAUUUCUUUACUGAUGAGAUUCAGCAUGGAAACUUUUCCCUACAUCUGGCCAAUUUGAGAGCUGAAGAUGAGGGACGAUAUACAUGUAAAGUUUACAGUCAGCUGGAUUCUGGUGAGACCCUGGUUCAAAUACAAGAUGUUGAGCGCUUGCUAGUAUCAGGACCAGAUGUGUCCAUAUCUGCGUUUGUGGGUGAGGACGUCACUCUGAACUGCUCUGUAGACUCUCACAUCACACCUGAACACAUUGAAGAGGUUUCAUGGAAGAAAACAGAUGAAGAUAUUCUGGUUCUGCUCUACCAAAACAAUGAGACUUUAUCAGAUUCAUCAGAUGAGCAAUACAGAGACAGAGUUGAGUUCUUCACUGAUGAAAUCCCCAAAGGAAACUUCUCUCUUAGACUGAAGAGUGUCAGAUCUGAGGAUAAAGGAGUUUACAUGUGUCAAGUGUUUGCUGGAAGAGUUUCAGCCAAUGCAACUGCAGUACUGGAGCAACUGGGUUUCUCUGUUUUACACAUAAUGGUGUUGAUUCUCUGUAUUUCUGCAUCUGGAUCUGUACUUCUGCUCUGCUGUCUGAUGUACUGCAGAUCACUAAAUAAUGAUACCACUGCAACCAAAUAUGUCAGGACUCUUGGGUUUCUUCAAGCAUUUCUUCCAAAUAUUAUGAUGUUUGUGGCUUUUUUCAUCUGGGGUUUUAUAGAAGUUUCCUAUGAACAUGAACCCUCUGAAAUCUGA